GCCUCGCAGGCCACAGGUUCCCACGCUCCGCUGUCGGGUUUUGGGGUCGCCCUGUAGGUUAAAACCCCGAACCUGCUCAUUCCUCUCGCGGCGUGGCCCUAAGACGUUCCCAGUCCCGUCGCUCCGAGAGGGUCUAGAGAUCUGCGUCCAUUUCGGAUUAAAAUCGUUCUGAAGUGGGUACUGGCCCCGACCUUUUUGCUUUAGACUGAUCUUACCUGAGAAAGAAACUCAGAGGAAGAGGAAAGACAGAAGAAGAGGGAAUGGCUCUUUCUCAGGGACUGUUUACAUUCAAGGAUGUGGCCGUAGAAUUCUCUCAAGAGGAGUGGGAGUGCCUGGACCCUGCCCAGAGGGCCUUGUACAGGGACGUGAUGUUGGAGAACUACAGGAACCUGCUCUCUCUCGAUGAGGAUAACAUCCCUCCAGAAAACGAUAUUUCUGUUGGAUUUACAAGCAAGGGAUUAUCACCAAAGGAAAAUAAUAAAGAGGAAUUAUACCAUCUGGUGAUAUUAGAAAGAAAGGAAAGCCAUGGCAUCAACAAUUUUGACCUCAAGGAAGUCUGGGAAAAUAUGCCUAAGUUUGACAGCCUGUGGGACUAUGAUGCAAAAAAUUACAAAGGAACGCCUUUGACCUGUAACAAAAAUCUCACUCACAGAAAAGAUCAACAACAUAAUAAAUCCUCAAUACAUUUCUCUUUAAAGCAGAAUGUUUCUAUAAGAGAUAGUGCAUACCAAUAUUUCAUACAUGACAAGCCAUUUAUAAGGAAUUUGUUAAAACUGAAAAAUAACAUAAGGUAUGCUGGAAACAAAUACGUGAAGUGUUUUGAAAAUAGAAUCGGAUUAAGCUUACAGGCACAGCUGGCUGAACUACAGAGAUUUCAAACUGGGGAGAAAAUGUAUGAAUGUAAUCCAAUUGAGAAGUCUAUCAAUAGUUCCUCAGUUUCACCACUUCCUCCUUGUGUCAAAAACAUUUAUAAUAAAUAUAGAAAGAUUUUGAAAUACCCUUUGUUACAUACACAGUAUGGGAGAACACACAUUAGAGAAAAAUCAUACAAAUGUAAUGACUGUGGAAAGGCUUUUAGCAAAAGUUCGAACCUCACUAAUCAUCAGAGAAUUCACUCUGGACAGAGACCUUACAAAUGUGAUGAGUGUGGCAAAGCCUUUAACCAGUGUUCGAACCUCACUAGGCAUCAGAGAGUCCAUACAGGAGAGAAACCAUAUCAAUGUAAUAUAUGUGGCAAAGUCUGUAGUCAAAAUUCAAAUCUUGCAAGUCAUCAGAGAAUGCAUACUGGAGAGAAACCUUACAAAUGUAAUGAAUGUGGUAAGGCAUUUAUCCAGCGUUCACACCUUUGGGGUCAUGAAAGAAUUCAUACUGGAGAGAAACCUUACAAAUGUAAUGAAUGUGACAAAGCCUUUGCUGAGCGUUCAAGCCUUACCCAACAUAAGAGAAUCCAUACUGGAGAGAAGCCUUACAUAUGUAAUGAGUGUGGCAAAGCUUUUAAGCAGUGCUCACAUCUCACUAGGCAUCAGAAUAUACAUCCUGGAGAGAAACCACACAAAUGUAAUGUAUGUGGCAGGGCUUUUAUCCAAAGUUCAAGUCUUGUGGAACAUCAGAGAAUUCACACUGGAGAAAAACCUUACAAAUGUAAUAAAUGUGAUAAAGCUUUUAUCAAACGUUCACACCUUUGGGGUCAUCAGAGAACUCAUACUGGAGAGAAACCUUACAAAUGUCCUGAAUGUGGCAAAGCCUUUACUGAACGUUCAAAUCUUACUCAGCAUAAGAAAAUCCAUACUGGAGAGAAACCUUACAAAUGUACUGAAUGUGGCAAAGCUUUUACCCAAUUUGCAAACCUCACUAGACAUCAGAAAAUACACAUUGAAAAGAAAUAUUGUAAACAUAAUAUACAUGGUAAUACUUUAUUCCAAAGUUCAAACCUUGGAGAUCAUCAAAAAAGUUAUAAUAGAGAAAAACAUAUCAAAUAUAAUGAGACAAAAAUUAAAUAAUAUUCAAGCUGUACUUAGCAUCAGGGGGCUCCAUUGUGAAAAGAAAUCAUAUAAAACGAAAAUGUGGUAAAGCCUUUAGCUAUGGCUUAUACCUCACUUGAUACCAGAAUAUACAUCUUUGAGAUAAACCACACAAAGAUAACAUGUAUGGCAAGGCUUAUCCGAAGUUCAAGCCUUGUGGAACAUCACGGAAUUCUUACUGUAGAGAAGCCUUACAAGUAUAAUGAAUGUGAACAGCUUUAUAAAAAUAUUUACCCUAUUAUGGUUGUAACAGAAGACAUUCAGGAUGGGAACCAUAGAAAUAUGGCAAGUCCUUUAAGCAAUGUUCUGACUUGAGGGUUCACCAUUCGUAUUGGAGAGAAGCAUUACAAAUGAAGGUGGUAAAUUAUUUUAAAUUUCUCAAUGGAAAUUCAUCCUUAUAUGCAAGCAUUUUGUCAUACAAAAAUUCAGGCUAGAAAGAACUAAGUCUUUAUUCCUUGAAGAUUAAGUGAUCGAUGUUAAAUUCACAGACAAUUUUAAAAAGUCACAAACUCAUGAGAUGGUGUGUGUCAGAGGAGCAAGGACAUCUGUGGAAAGAUCUAACUUCAGUGUUAAGGAUUUUUUAUUCCGUUAUUUCAUAUUUUUAAAAGUAUGAAAUCUGUUGAUGUUAAAUCUUCAUCGCAUGCUUUUCAUUUAUCAUGAUUGUCUCAAGGAAUGGAUAUAAGAUGGAAGAGACUACUUCCUUAGGUGUGGCUUAUUUAUAUUAUUGAA